GUAACCCAGGGGCCCCGGCGAGGCGAGUUUCUUUGGGGCGAGAUGUCCCCAGCCGAGCAAAGGGGCUGCGCAUUGGACGGGGCUCCCAAGCCACAGCCCUGGGGGCCUUGAGGAGUCGUGGUACGGUCCAGGGCACUCGGGGCUGCGGGGCCCGUGAAGCCAGACGAGGCUACGGACUUAGGGUCCCUGCAACCAAGACCGCGAGCGACUGUGGACUCGGGACGGAUCGCACAAAGGAGGAAGGGGGAAUCAGAGGGGUGUCCGGUCCAGGACGUGUCAGGCCUGGGCGGGGCGGAAAACUGACACCAGGGCGAGGACAAGGAUUUCGCUCCUCCAGGGCUGCCAGGGGAGGGGCUCGCCACCGUCACUCUCCAUGGGCUCUGGCCCCGACGGUGUUUAAAGGGCGGAGGGCUGGGCCGGGCUGGUCGCACCCGGGCGCUGCUGGCGGCCAAGCUGGAUGGGUCGCCAGUGAGUUUCGGUGCGGCACCGCUGGCCCAGGCCCGGGCGCGGCUGGACAUGGCCACCUACUGCGACGACCUGGGCCCCUCCUCGGCCCCGCCCGGCCAGGCCCGGGCCACCGCGCACCACCCGGGCUAUGAGCCAGGGGAUCUGGGCGCAGUGGGCGGGGGCCCCCUCCUGUGGGUGAACGCGCCAGCGCUCAGCCCCAAGUCCUACGCUUCGGGUCCCGGGCCUGCGCCUCCUUACGCGGCCCCGGGCUACGGGGCUCCCGGCCCGCUCCUCGGCGCCCCGGGCGGCCUGGCGGGCGCCGACCUCGCCUGGCUGAGCCUCUCCGGCCAGCAGGAGCUGCUGAGGCUGGUGCGGCCGCCCUACUCCUACUCGGCGCUCAUCGCCAUGGCCAUCCAGAGCGCGCCGCUGCGGAGGCUGACGCUCAGCCAGAUCUACCAGUACGUGGCUGGCAACUUCCCUUUCUACAAGCGCAGCAAGGCGGGCUGGCAGAACUCCAUCCGCCACAACCUGUCGCUCAACGACUGCUUCAAGAAGGUGCCCCGCGACGAGGACGACCCAGGUAAAGGCAAUUACUGGACCCUGGACCCCAACUGCGAGAAGAUGUUUGACAACGGGAACUUCCGAAGGAAGAGGAAGAGGAGAGCUGAAGCCAGCGCGGCCGUGCGCUCGGGAGCCAGGAGCGGGGGAGGGGCCGAGGCGCCAGCGCUGGAGCCCCCGAGCGCGGCUUGCCUGGACCUGCAGGCCUCGCCCUCUCCAUCCGCACCCGAGGCCGCCACCUGCUUCUCUGGUUUCGCCUCGGCUAUGAGCGCUCUGGCUGGCGGCCUUGGCACCUUCCCCGGAGGCCUGGCGGGCGACUUUUCUUUCGGGAGGCGGCCACCGACGGUCGCCACCCACGCUCCCCAGACCCUUAGCCCCUCGCCUGGCUUCGCCCCUGGCCACCAGACCGCGGCCGCCGGCUUCCGCCUCAGUCACCUCCUCUACAGCCGGGAAGGGACCGAAGUUUGAAGGGAGGCUGGAGGCUAGCCGGGUGCGGGUCCAGAGGUGCUGAGCUCAGGCCUCCGGUUUCCCCUGGUGACAGCCCCACGUGUUGGCUUUGAAGGCCUUGGUGCCCUGGGAGGAAGCGCAGAGCCGGGGGCGGCUCGGCCAGCAGGGAGCUGGGCCGAGCGGCUCUUGGGCUUUGGGGUGGGUGGCCCUUCUGCUGUGCACCCCUCACCCAGGCGACCUUCGGAGCCUCCCUGCUCUGCCUCUAAGUCCAGCCGUCCUGGGCGUCUAGAACCUGUGCUCUCGAGGGAUUUGCCUUGAAGGGGCGGCGGGUCGGCCCUCAGCUCCAGCGUUUUCCAAGGAGGCUGGCUGACUCCAAAGAGCCUUAGAGCAGGUGGGAAGAAGGUGGGCUGCCAGAGCGGCCCGGGUGGUGGGGGCCCUCUCCACCUCCACCCAGCUUGGCCCACCUGGCUCAGGGCCUUCCCUUCUGCUUCAGGGAAGCUGCCGCAGGGGCUGGGGGACAGAGCUCAGGAGCAGCUGCAGUGGGCUCCAGUGAGGGGAUCUGAGACAGUUGGCAUUGGGUCCUGUGUAAGGAAGGUCUUGCUAAUGGUUGGAACUGCUGUGGUGGGAGGGAGAAGCACUGCGUGGGCAGAAAGCGCCCUUGGGAUACCAGCUCCCUUCCCUGUCACUCAGCCCUGGUCCUUGAUGACCCCCCUCUAGGACAAGGCAACUCCCCAGGGCCCCGCCACCACUGACCACAGGAGCGGUGCCCAGCACCCAGGAGUUCCCCACGGGUCCAGGUUUGUGCCACCCACACCCGCAUCCACACUCACACUCAUACUCACACUCACACCCACACUCACACUCACACCCACACCCACACUCACACUCACCCUCACACCCACACUCACACCCACACUCACACCCACACUCACACAGGCUCAUGGAAGGCCACACUUGUUUUGGUCUCUUUCCCCUCCAAACCCACAGUUUGAGCCAAAGCUGUGCGUGUGUUCAGAGCUCCUGAACAGCAGCCUCUUGUGUAAAUUGAACCCUGCCCCACCCAGUUCGUUCUUAGAGAUGGUAUCUUUGUGAAGGACAAGGAGCCCCCAGUAACUGGGAAGAGGAAUUUUUUGGCCUCUGUACUCCUUAGAGGACCUAAGUGCCCCAGUCAGAUGCCCUGAGUCUUUGUGGCAUCUGGGACUCCCUGGAGAUGGAGA